UAAUUGGGGUCCUACUCCCCCGGGGAACAGAAGGUGGUGGGGGAUGCCCUAUGUAAGCCCUCCGACCGACCGGGUCCAGGCCAUCCAGCAUCAGGACAUCCUCGCACGCAAGGACUCUUCGACCACUUCGCCAUAUAUAUAUAUAUAUGUCAUGAGGCUCCGUUGGAUAUUGUUCGCCCUUGUGCUCGGCCUGUGCGACGCAAGAGCCAGGAGAACCACCACCGAGGAGGCUAGCUUUCUGGAAAAACGUCUCGUGCACCCUCAAACGUCGAGGCAGCAUCAAGAUUUGGAGAACGCGUGGGAUCUCGGCGAUUUGCAAAAGUUGGACGGUUGGAAUAGAACGGAAUCGAGAAAUUCAAACUCGUUGAACACGAGGCAAAUAUAUCCCACCAUUAAUCCCGGGGACACGAACGAGCUACCAGGACCGAUAACCGGGAGGCCAACGCCUGCGAUGACACCACCGGCUGGAUGUUUGAGCAUACGAGGGCAAUUCCCAAGCCCAACCAGUUGUUCCAAUUAUUUAAACUGUUGGGACGAGACUGUGACCGAGCAAGCUUGCCCCGAUGGAUUGUUCUUCAAUGACGUUAACCUUUAUUGCGAUUACGAUUACAACGUGAACUGCGGUAAUCGACCUAUGCCUACGCCGAGGCCAUCCUUGACCGAUGGAUCGAAACUGUGCCCAGAACCGAACGGUCAUUACAGAAGUGCGACGAACUGUUCAGAAUUCUACGUGUGCCUUUAUAAAAAGCCCAUCAAAUUCGGUUGCCCCCGAGGCCUGGUCUACAAUGACCAAUUGGGCGUCUGCGACUAUCCGUACAACGUCGACUGUAAAGGCGCGGUAAGCCCUCCGCUCGCAUCUAGACCGACCUCGCCGCAAGUUCAGCCAUCGCAAUUGCCCGCCUCGAUCUCAUCAGGACAGCAAUUACCUCAACAACCUUCUCAACAACCGUCUUACGCGCCUUCGCAACCUCAACAACCAUCUUACGCGCCUUCGCAACCUCAACAACCAUCAUACGCGCCUUCGCAACCUCAACAACCAUCUUACGCGCCUUCACAACCAUUGUAUGGGUCUGUAUAUCCUCAACAACCAUCUUACGGAGCUUCACAAUCGUCGUACACGUAUGGAUCGCAGUCUUUUUCUGGAAAUCCUUGGCUGAGCAGAGUUCAACCUGUUCCCUGGAACGAACGAACUUUAAAUACGCAAUUGGAAAUCGACAAAGAGCAGCAUGAACGAGAGGAAGAAAUCGAUAUGCAGGAAGAAUCGACGGAGCAGUUACAAAAUCCUUGGGACGUGGUGCAAAAUAUACCGUCUAAUCUCAGUACAGUUCCAUGCCAAGAUGGAGACGUGCACAAGUUGAACGAUGCUUGCACGAAUGUGGUGGUUUGCAGAAAUGGACGGCCGCAAUUGUUGCAAUGUUUGUUGGGAAAUUCGUACGACAGGCCAUCAGACUCUUGUAAACCAAUUUCCAUCGCCAAAUGCUAACUUCAAACUUACGCUUUGUGUUAAAUACGCCGAAUUAAAAUAAACACUUAAAGUAAAUAAAGCGAUCGAUUUUUCUUAAAA